CGCAUCGCAGCAUCAGGGCGUCUUCAUCCGGGGAAAAAAAAUCUAAUAGAGCAACUUUGCAGAAAACACUAACCAAACAAACCAGCAGCUCUCGCGAACUGGUGGAAAACAGUCGGAGGAGGAUAGCGCUUCGCUGCACGGACAUACAAUGAAAGGGUUACCUGGCUGCUUUCUGGAUUUGGAGUCUUGUAGUAAACCGCUGCGUCUUUGACACGAGAGCCGCACAGGCACCGUCUCUGUUGGAUCGAACCUCAGGCUCCACGGAUCAAACUUGACAAAACAAAGCACCCCCUACUGCUCUCACUGGAAUACACCAUAAAGUCUCCCUGCCGCCAUGGAGGAGGAACAGUGCUACUACAACGAGACCAUCGCCUUCUUCUACAACCGCAGUGGAAAGAACCUGACGACCGAAUGGAACACGGUCAGCCGGCUGGUGAUGGGCCUGGGCAUCACCGUGUGCAUCUUCAUCAUGCUCGCCAACCUCCUGGUGAUGGUCGCCAUCUACAUCAACAGGAGGUUCCACUUCCCCAUCUACUACCUGAUGGCUAACCUGGCAGCUGCUGACUUCUUCGCCGGACUGGCCUACUUCUACUUGAUGUUCAACACGGGACCGAACACCAGGCGGCUGACCGUCUCCACGUGGCUGCUUCGCCAGGGCCUGAUCGACACCAGCCUGACGGCGUCCGUGGCCAACCUGCUCGCCAUCGCCAUCGAGCGCCACAUCACCGUGUUCCGCAUGCAGCUGCACACGCGUAUGAGCAACCGGCGUGUGGUUGUGGUGAUUGUUAUAAUCUGGACCAUGUCCAUAGUCAUGGGCGCCAUCCCGAGUGUCGGCUGGAACUGUAUCUGUAGUCUUACCACUUGCUCCAACAUGGCGCCGCUGUACAGCAACUCCUACCUGAUCUUCUGGGCGGUGUUUAACCUGGUGACCUUUGUUGUGAUGGUGACGCUGUACGCCCACAUCUUUGUGUAUGUGCGGCAGAGGACCAUGAGGAUGUCACGGCACAGCUCAGGACCUCGACGCAACCGGGACACCAUGAUGUCGCUGCUGAAGACCGUGGCCAUUGUGUUGGGUGCCUUCAUCAUCUGCUGGACCCCCGGCCUCGUCAUCCUCCUCCUCGACGUCUUCUGCGCCAACUGCAACGUCCUCACCUACGAGAAGUUCUUCCUCCUCCUCGCCGAGUUCAACUCCGCCAUGAACCCCAUCAUCUACUCCUACCGCGACAAGGAGAUGAGCGCCACCUUCAGGCAGAUCCUGUGCUGCCAGCGGCAGGAGAACGUCAACGGGACGGUGGCGGAAGGGUCGGACCGCUCGGCCUCGUCCGUCAACCACACGGUGCUCAGCGGCAGCGGUGCGCAACACCAGCACCCCAAGCACCCCAAGCUUCCACAGCACCCCCACCAUCACCACAACGAACACUCGGUAGUGUAAAGGAGGGCUGGACAUCCUGGAGGUUAAUCCCACUGAUUGAAGGGUUAAUCUCUCGUGGAAACUGGGAAAUGGAGGAAUGCAAAGGUCAAGAGGGACUGGGAUCAUAUUAAAGAAAGACUGUAACGUAAGACAUGUGAGGACGAAGGAUGAUGAUGAUGAGCUGAACGAGAUCUUAAUGAAGAAGAACGGCAACUAUGAAGAAAGAUGAAGAGACUGUUAUCUCUGUGUGGAGGACGGACACAGGACUGGUCUGAUCUCCACAGACUCUGAUAGACUGUUAGCAUUUGUAUUUGCGUUGUGUAGCUGUUUAUUAUUUUCUGUCAGUGUCAAAUGUCUCGGCUGAUAUGAACUAUUUAAAAGUAAUCUGUGAAAUGAAGGUAUUUGCCAGUAGAACCCAAUCCUCUUUCUCUCUUCUCUAACUCGGCUCCCCCUGCUCAUGGGCUUGGGUCACAUCAGUUUCAGGACAGAUUCAUAUUAGCUGCAUCGUUUUGGGUCAGAACCACAGACUGUAAAGGAAGAUGGACGACAGGCCUCCAUUUCAACCUCCCAUCGUAUUAUAUUGAAGCUAAAAUCCCCCGGAUUGCGUUUUGGACGUCAUGUGGAGCCGGAGUCUUUGCACUAGUGAUCGUAGCGUUGAGCCACAGUAUUGAAGGCCUGCCCAUAAGAGCUUUUGACCAAUCACAAGGCGGUAUGAGCUGUCAAUCACGAGGCUUCACCCUCAACAUCAAAUAACUAAUUUCAACCAAACUAGUCCCACCCACUAACAUGGAGGAGGUGGGGUUAAUGAACUAGCCACCAGGCAUCAAGAUGUUUUGGGAAUCUGCUGCUUCGUCCAUCUUUAUAUAAAGUCUACAGUUAGAACCAACAUUUAGGACACUAUCAUUUCUUUUUCUUUUAUUUUCAGGAGAAAAUACAUCAAUUUAGUGGAAAUUCAAACCAACACAUGUCAUUUUGUUCUGAUGACAUGUAAGUUAAUGUUAAUACGAGAUAUCUCCAGCAGCUUUAACUUCCAAACGACCUUCCGGAGACUUUCUAGCAGUUUUCAAUUUCAAGGUUUUUAUUUAAAAACACCAAAGUGGCAAAUUAAAGAAACCAAUUGUUCCACCAUUGUAAAUAUUGACAUGUUUGAUGACAGGAAUACUGCAGCACUGCCCACGACUGAAAUAUCAAGAGCCACUAUUCUUUUCCACGAUGGAUUAAUCUCUCGUUUUUUAACUGACUAGUGACUUAGUAUUACAGGGACUCAUUAUUCUUUUGGCCUUCCACAUCCACUUCACAUCUUUUGGGAAUCCGUCGCAUCAGUUCCCAAAGCAAAAUCUCCGAGGGGGUCCAAGAGCUGAGAGAAGCCCUGAGAUGUUUAUGCUCUGUGAGGAAUGGAAGACGAGCCGUUCCAGGGAUGUUACCAGAAAGAGGAGGAGGAGGAUGUUUGCAGUGUUACGGAUCAGGCUGCGUGCCACAGUAUUAUGUGGAGAGGAGGUGAAGGUCAUAUCUGCUGAGUGUUAACAGACUCCAGAGUGUGACAGGAAAUGUGCUGAGCUGGUUCUAUCAAGUGUCUCCGAGUGACGGAGUCCAGCAAUUAAACUGGUCAGAGUGAAAUUUCCCCUGAGGAUGUUCGGAAGAAGAAAGUUAGUCUUAAAUGAUUCAACUAAUUUCUUUCAGAAGUCUGAAAAAUUAGAGCCGAUGAAUUCAUUUCCUGCCUGAAACAUCAAACUCCACUUCUCAGCUGGUUUUAACACUUUUCAAUCGCUGACCUGCUCAAGUUUCAUCCACACAAACAUGUUUUAGUUUAAAACCUUUUCAAAACAGAAACAAUCUCCGUCCAUAUAAGUGUUUUAACUCUUUAACAUGCAUACAUCAUGUGACCUUCCAUGCACCCUGGCAUGGACCAGGCAGAGUAAACAGGAAGUAGAUCUUCUACGAAUGAGAAACAGUAAUAGUGAAAAGUACGCCAAAUGACGAGGAACUGUCUAACUAAAUAAUUAAUUAAUUAAAUGAAAUUUGUAUCAUUCGAAAGCUGUUAUCAUCUUUUGAGGUAGGUUAUGCCCAAUUCGUUGUCUUACAGGCGCUGGUCAGCUCCAGAGUUGAACCAGUUCUGUGCUAAACAGGCAUUAUCUUUUAUUUCCCCCCCGCCUCCUGCCAUUAACGCGUGAACCUGUUCCAGCUGCAAGUUGUAGAAGAGUUGUGAGUCCAUGACGUGCGUCGUUAGGAGAUUGCCAGCUGAAUGUUUUGUCGUGACUUGAAUCAAAACACUUCUUUUGGCCCCAGAAUACACGGACGCGAUCGCGGCAGCUGACAGCCACGCCGGUGAGUCACAGCCAAAAGUACAGUCAAAUGUUUUUCCAGGGAAGCAAGAUGUUUGUCAGGGAUUUAACAUGAAGUCAUCUGCCGCUCCUCAACUGCCACGGUUGAGCAAACCGAAGUUCCAAGGCAACAAUCGUCAAUAAAAAAAGUGUGUUUUUUUGUUUUGUUGUAAACUUUUGCAUUUGUCCGCCUCGUUCGAGUUUCAUCGCCAAAACUUUGUAGGUGGACGACUCGAGUCUCAGUAUUUGACAUUAACUGUCACCGUUGUUCUAACCAAGUAUUGAUUCAGGUUCUAUAGCAAACCAACUAAACGUUCCGACUCUGUAUGUCUUUGUUUACCAGUGAAUCACUCUUUGUAUACCGUUGUAAGUAUAUGUGUACAGUAUGUGUGUUUGUAUAUAAAAUAUCGUAUUCAAAGUUAAUCACCAAAGGGAAAGUGUUACUGCGUGUGUGUAAAUUUAACUGUCGUACUCUGUCCAAAUGUACUGUAGGAUUUUGUGUUUUUUUUUUUUUAUGUCAUGAGCUCUUUGUAUUAUGAAACCUAAUUAAUGAAUUUCUUGUUAUUAACUUGUUUGUGACCCAGAACUUUAUAUAUAUAUAUGUGUGUGUGCAGUGCCUUCAGAAGAGUAACUUAUAAACACCAGGCUGAACAGUUUGCGUUUUGCUGCCCCCUCUGGUUGAACGCUCCACCUCUGACCACACCCAGCUGUGAUGUCACGGAGGGGGGGGGGGGGGGGGUUACACCACCAGAGGGCAGCAGAUACCAGCGUUUUCAGGCAGUCUUAAGCUACUCUUUAAGUUUUUGUGUCGCUAACACCGUUGUCUUACAUUUGCCUUGAAGUAGAACAAAGUAAUCAGUCAGCUUUUGUACAAAGUGUUCACCGGAAACGCAUGAUUUUGUUUUAGAUAAUAAAGGUACACAACAUAGCCUCAAAAAUGUCCAAUAACCACAGGAUAUAUAUCAUAGACCAGAUAUGACAGACACCAAAACACCCAAAGUUUCAUACGAUAAAAAACACAAUCCGACAGAGAAGUCUUCACCCAUUUGCGAUCAUCUGCACAAAAGUUUUUUCUCACUCAAUAAACACAAUGUCACAGGACACAACUGGUAUUGAAAGAUGAUAAGGUAAUAUCUACAUUACGUUGCCAGAAAAUUGCUGAUCAGGAAAGUACUUGAACUCAGAUUUAAUCAACCAUGUGCCAGUUGUUUGUCGAGAGUAAUUGUGAUAUCAACGAAUGUCCAGCCUGAGUCAUUGCGCCGAUAUUCCAGAAACAAUAAAAACAUGACGUACACAAAAGUU